AUGGAGAAUAGAUUUACGGGGAUUAAAAAAAUCCCACCCUUCAUGAAGGAACUGGAAGAAGCAUACAAUAUAUGCUACUGUGGAGGAAAUAUAAUUGAAAAAUGUUUUUUUGGAAAAGAGGUCAAAAGAAGGAUAAACAAGAGUGAAUUGCAAAUGUACCAGUUGUGUAUAAUUCACUAUCAGAUAUGCAAUAAGGAAAAGGUUUAUAAAAUAUCAUACAUUCAAGAUGAUCUAGACAUAAGUAACAGUUUUUUUGAUAGAGAAUUAAAAAUGUACAUGUCGAAGGAUGGUAGUAUAGGGUGCUUAUUUUGUAAUGAAGAAAAUAAAAGGAGAAUAGAUUUAUUUAAAAAUGAAACAAAUAAUGGGAAAUUUUUUUUUACUUGUAUGAAUAGUGCACCAAUUAGUAAUGAUAUUCAUAAAAAAUUUUUUAUGCAUGAAUCUUUUUGUUCAUUCAAUUUGAGUAAUACCCUUAUGAUAUAUAGUGCUGAAAGUGAUGAUAUGAAAUUAAAAAAGGAAAAUAAUUUAUCUCAAAAAAAAGACAUGGAAAAUUUAAAAAAACUUAAUAAUCAUAUUUUUACAGAAACGUUUGGUGAGCAAUUCAAUUACACUUUUUUCAAUUUAUAUGUUUACAAUUUAGAAGAUAACACCAUAAAGUAUGUAACUGUCAAGGAUAUUUCAGGCUGUUAUUACAAUCCUCAGUUUAUUGAUAACACAUCUUUUGUCUGCUUAUCAUAUAGAACUGUACCCUAUAGACUUGGAAUAUACGCCUUCAAUGUGAGACCUAACGAUUUGUAUCUAUGCACGCUGAACGAUGCAGAUGUAGAUCCGUGUGACAAGGGAGACCGGGAUGGACAAGAUGGAAAAGAUGGAAAAAUGAGCAGAGCUACAUCAUCAAAUGGAAUAGGUAUCACAACAAGUGAACGUAGCAAAAAAAAUUACAUCCGCUGUGCAUAUGCAAAGCUGUCUGGGAAGAACUUCAAACAUAUUGCAUCUCCAAUAGUAAUUAGACACGACGAUUCUUCAGUAUAUAUUGCUUGCUUAGUAGUUUUUUCAAAAAAUGAAGAAUCGAAACAGCACUUAAUGGAAUACAAUUUGGUGCUAAUUAAGCUUGUGAAGGAGGAUUCAAAAUUGAGGGAUAAAAAAACACGAAUCGUUUCGUCUUCCCAAGGACUAAAGCAUGAAGAAGUUCCAUUUGAAGGCGGUUCAUAUGGGAGUAUUGAGAGUAGCGAGGAUCUUAAUGAGUAUGAUAAUGAAACUAGUUCAACAGCACCGAAUUGUGGAAAUCAAGACGACAUUUGUAGUUACAAAAAGGAAGAGACAGAGAUUAUAAUUCGAGAGGGAUGUUACACAGGAUUUUUUAGAGGAUUAUAUACGAAUGAAAUAAAAGGAUGUUGUUACCCUUAUCUGUUUUUAAAUACGAUUUUUUAUUGCAACAAAAUUGCUAUUGCUGUUCAUAUUUUUACAAAGAAAAUUUUCCGUAUUUUAAUUCACAAUAUAUAUAUGGAAAAUGAUAAAACUACAAGUAUUGAAAUUCUGUGCAUGAAGAAUGAUAACCUUUUUGUGAGCAUAAGAAAUAUGCUUCUAAAUGAUGUCCUGGCUUAUUGCAUAUUUAACGAAGGGAACAUAAGUGGAGAUUUCAUUUAUCUGACAAAGGUGCGAAGUUACAAUUUAGAUUUUACAGCAUAUGAAACGAUAAAAACAAAGCAGACAAGUAUAAUUUAUGCAAAUGUAAAUGACCAUUCUAAAAAACUUUUUAUGUUAUUAAGUCAAAUGGAAACAUCAUUAUUUAAAGAAAAGCAUCCAUAUGUGAGGAGAAAAAAUGCUAGUUUCAAUAUGCUAUACGAAAAUGAAAUUGAUUUUUUGAAUGAUAUAAAAAAGAAGGGAUUAUUCAUGCCAAAUUUUAACCUAUUUAAUGAAAAAAAAAUGAGAAAUUUAAUCUUGUAUAUACAUGGAGGACCAUAUUGUACUUUCUUAAAUGAGUAUAAAAAUGUUUUCAUUUUUUUUGCUGCAUGUGGAUUUGAUAUUUUGAGUAUUAACUAUGUUGGAUCCUUAAGUUUCUCAGAUAAACCGAAUAUUCUGAAUGGUCAUGCAAAUUCUAUUGAAAUAAAGGAUAUCAUGGAUACUUUUAAAGAGUUUUAUAAUUUUUUUGGAGAUUAUGAAAAUGUCUACUUGUAUGGUGGAUCUUAUGGUGCAUAUGCCACGUGCUCUAUUGUAACAAAAUAUAAUUUAUUUAAAAGUUGUUGUGUCAUUAAUGGAUUGUUUGAAUGGGUUUUGUCCACGUAUUCUAGUGAUGUCCCAGAUUAUUUUCUAAAUUUAGGACUCAAUAAAAAUUCAGAGUACGAUUGCUUUUAUAGUAAGGAUGAAUAUUCCAAAUUAUAUGAAUUAUCUCCAUUAUAUGAUGUACAAAAUAUUUCAACUCCAAUGUUAAUUAUAGCUUCUAAGGAUGAUAUGCGUGUUUCUCAUCACAACAGCAUUUCUUUGUAUAACCGAUUGCGUGCAUUGAAAAAAAAAUCGAAACUUUUCCUUUUCGAUAAUUGCACUCAUUCUGUGAAAAAUAUGGCCUAUGAAGAGACACUCCUCAUGAAUGUCAUUCUUUGGUUCUACGGCUACGACGGAAAGAAGAAGAGAUAG